UUAGUGCAAUAAUAAUGGAUUUUACUGUUGAAUAUAUUGUAUUAAAUUUGUUCAGGAAAAUGGCAUGGGCAUAUGUCUCGAAGGAACAAAAAAAAAGAAUGAUCAGAUGUGAUUCUGACAAGGCGUUUGGCGUAAUUGCGAAAGUAGGUGACCUCUGACAGAAAUUGAAAAUCAAUAAAGUGCAGUGGAGUUCGUGAUACACAAAGAACGAAGGUAGCUCCGCUUUGCAUUUUUGAGGUUAUGUUGCCCGAGAUUGAGAAGGUACAGCAUCGGAUGUUCUAUUUUCGUUUCGGCGAAAAGUGUUUAUUCUUGCCAGUCGUAGGCGCGCGUUACACAUUAUAAUGCAUCUAAAUGUGAGAAGAAGUCACGAAAGUGCCGUGAGAUAGUACAAACAUGGGCAGGAGAAAAUCUCACGGAUCAUCUAAAAGUAAACAACAUGUUCCACACCAAAGGCAAUUAUCGUUAGCAAAAAGAAACGAGAUAAAUGCCUUGUGCGAAAAACUAUUUGUUCUGAGUAUUAAUUCAGCGUAUGUAACGCAAUUAUGGGACAAUUAUGUGGAGAUAUCAACGAUUUUGGAGAAGGUUAAAAGGUUGGAGGAAAUGAAGACGGAGUCGUCGAAACGAUCCCAGGGGAUUGGACAAUUCAUAAAUUGGCUUAAAGAGAAUGGCGCGAAUGUAGACGGAGCGAGCGUUGUUGAAUUUCCAGGAUACGAUUUGGGUUUAAAAGCAGAACGUAAUUUCCUCGAAAAUGAAUUAAUUUUAAGGAUACCUAGGGGACUUAUUUUCAGUAUUCACAAUGCAGCUCCAGAAUUAAUUACACUUCAAAAUGAUCCUCUAAUACAGCAUAUGCCCCAAGUGGCGCUCGCGAUUGCACUUCUUAUCGAAAGACACAAAGAAAAUUCGAAAUGGAAGCCUUAUUUGGAUAUCCUUCCCACUACUUAUACAACUGUGUUAUACAUGACCGCUGCCGAUAUGAUUGAACUUAAAGGCAGUCCUACAUUAGAAGCUGCUCUAAAACAAUGUCGAAAUAUUGCAAGACAGUAUUCCUACUUUAAUAAGGUAUUUCAAAACAAUAAUAAUGCUGUAUCUGCUAUACUCAGGGAUGUUUUUACUUAUGAAAGAUACUGCUGGGCAGUUUCUACGGUAAUGACAAGACAAAAUCUAAUUCCAAGCGAAGAUGGUUCACGCAUGAUCCAUGCUUUGAUACCGAUGUGGGACAUGUGCAAUCAUGAGAACGGGAGAAUCACUACAGAUUUUAAUGCGACAUCAAACUAUUGUGAAUGUUACGCUUUAAGAGAUUUCAAAAAAGGGGAGCAAAUAUUUAUUAGUUAUGGACCUAGAACAAAUUCUGAUUUCUUUGUGCAUUCAGGAUUUGUUUACAUGGAAAAUAAACAAGAUGGUUUUAAGUUACGACUCGGCAUUAGCAAAGCUGAUUCUCUUCAGAAAGAACGUAUAGAAUUAUUAAAUAAAUUGGAUUUGCCGACAGUUGGCGAAUUUUUAUUGAAACUAGGAACAGAACCGAUUUCUGACUUGCUAUUGGCAUUUCUUAGAGUAUUCAGUAUGCGUAAAGCGGAAUUGGCUCAUUGGAUCCGAUCGGAUCGUGUUAAUGAUUUAAAACACAUGGACUGUGCAUUAGAAACUGUCGUUGAAGAGAAUGUCAGAAAAUUUCUGCUCACUAGGCUGCAAUUGUUAAUUGCUAAUUAUCCGACGACUCUGAAGGAAGAUCUACAAUUACUUGAAACGACUUUACCACAAAUUAAGAAAUUAGCCAUUCAAUUAAGAGUAACAGAGAAGAGAAUUCUUCAGGGUGCGCUCGAAUAUGUGGAACAAUGGAUCAAAGCUUAAGAAUAUGACAAUUGAAUUUUAAUCUAUAAAAUCAUGGAAUCAAAUUUUUAUUCUUAUUUUUAAAAGAAUUUUACAAUGGGAUAUAAUUUUUAUGGAUUUGUGGUUUCAAAAUGAUAGGAAACUGAUACAAAUCAUUUGAAGAAUGAUCAAUAUAUAUAUAUAUAAUAAAAUAAUGUGUGA